CGGCAGCUCCCACUUCCCACGCCAAACCCCUCAAGCCCUUAACCGACCACCAUGCACCUCCUCAAGCUCGGCGCCCUCUUCGCCCUCGCGCAGACCCUCACCGCAGCGGAGAUCAAGAUCCGGACGACCAACCCGCCGGCCAACUCGUACGUCUCGCACUGCUCGGUGAUCCUCGAGGACGAGCUGUUCGGCUGCAAGGGCUCGUCGAAGCCGUUCAAGAAGUCGUGCGGCCGCAACACCGGCGUCCAGACCAAGUCCAUCUGCGGCGACGCCUCGGUCACGGUGGAUUGGUACAGCGCCGUGCUGACCUUCGAGAGCGCCGACGGCCGCACCGCCAACUGCACGCUGAGCUCGACCGAGACCGAGGGCCACUGCAACACGGACGACCCGGACGCCUUCCCCGUGGAGCAGAACGGGGCCGGACGGUUGCUGGGCGCGCGCACGGCGCUUUGGGGCGUGGCGCCUGUUGUUGUGGGGUUGUUGGUUUGAGGCGUUAACCUGGGAUACUAUGGCCUGUAUACCGGCAACCGCAGUGUCUGCGGAAAAGUCAGGCAAUUUCAUCAAGGAUAGGGCUAGGAGUAGGGUGACUCAGGCCUCAACAGGACAACCAGCUUUGCUACCUUGAGGCGAUUGGAACGGGAUCAAAUUUUUCUAUAAUAUUUCUAUCAUGUACGGUACAUAGUCAUAAUGUUGAUAUCCACUAGGGGAAAUGGGUCUUGCGGGUUAUUCCAGACGCAAGCCCGGGUUGCUCGGAAC